UAUGUAUCAUAUAUUUGUUUUUAAUAUAAAUUAUUCGCGCUGAUUAUUUACUGCACGCAAAAUGCGAAUUCAGCAAUUCAUUGUCGACUUGAAUAAUUCUGUCGCUGUAUAUAAACCAGGAGAUGAAAUUUCCGGACGAAUUAUUCUACGGCUGGCAAAGUCCAUCAGAAUAAGAGGUUUGCGGCUCAACAUCGUUGGUGAGAGCUUCAGCAGAUGGGAGUUUGGAAAGAAAUCCACCACUAGCGCUAACUCGUCUUACAUUUACAAAUCAUAUGAAAAAUACAUUGAUUACAAGCAGACACUCCUCGGAAAAGAUGAGCAUGAUACUAAGGCAAAAAACGUGGGGUUACAAAAAGGCGACCACGUAUUCGAAUUCAGCUACGUGCUGCCUUCAGCAGAUGAUGGCGGAAUCGACCUGCCUACUUCAAUUGAGGGUGCCUAUGGUUAUGUCAGAUACUGCAUUCGAGCUGUCGUGGACCGACCCAUGAAGAAGAACCAAUGGACUUUGAAGCCAAUUACUGUGUUGAAAACUAUGGAUUUGAACCAGGAAAACUCCGCUCAAGAACAGAAAAGUACUUCUUCCGUCAACAAAGUUCGCUCCAAGAGCUGCGUAUGUCGAACAGAAGCUCACAGUCUCUCGCUUGACUUGGAGAGAGCUGGCUAUUGUCCUGGAGAGAGUAUAAUCGUGAACGCAAAAUGUGAAAAUGGAACGAGCCGAAAAAUUCUACGGACUUCAGUCGACUUAUUGCAGGUGAUCAACUACCUGGGCAACAAGAAGCCACUGAUAGGUGGUGUGCAGAGCAAGACCAGAAGAACGAUGAAGAUAGUGCAAAGUGUGAGAGGUGAGGGAUGUGGAGGCCACUCUAUUGUGCACUGGAACAAUGUGCCAGUGAUUGUACCCCCUGUCCCGCCCAGCAGACUGGACGCAUGCAAUAUUAUCGAAGUGCAAUACUUAGUUAGAUUUACAGCUUACUUGAAGAACGGCAAAAAACUCUUCUGCGAAACACCGGUCCUAGUGGGAACCGAACCUCUGACCAGUAGCUACUUCGCCUACUACGGAGAGGCAGUGAGCUGUGUAGUGGACAAAAGCACCUCGACCUCACUGAGCACAAAUGAGAACCAGAAUACGACACACGGGGCUAGAUCGACUACCCCUCAUGACCCGACGAGCAACGAGGGCGCCGAAGGGCAGACGGAUAAUCAGACUACAGAGACACCUGCAAAAGCACAACUACCAGAGGAAGAGGUUUUCCCCGUGUACACAAAUGUCGACUGUCCUCCCGCAUCGUACGAGGAAUGUGUUUAUGGCGGGGCGACCUUGACAAACGACGAAUACACGAUGGGACAGACAGUGUUUGUGCCCCUCUAUAAAGUGUACCACACUCUGCGGCACCAGUCAAUCGCCAUCCAAGCAUACGGACGAGCUAGCAUCGUUGUCGAGGACAUGGGACCCUACAGACCAAUUGGUGUCCCCGUCAGCAUUCAGGUGAGUGACUCAAACCUCCCAUCUGGUCUAAACGACGAAGAAGAAGAAUAUUUCGACGAUGAUCAGUCGGAUCCCUUGGCAUACCGAGAAAGCAAUGGGGAGCACGAAGAUUCGGAACUGACUCCGUCGCCAUUGCCGAACGGCGAGUGGAUCCCGGAACGUCCGCUGGAACCGAUAAUGUUUGAAGUUCAUCAUCAAGGAGACUCUCAGGUGGCUUCGGCUGCGGAAUCGCCUCAGACCGUGGGAUACCAGCCUAGUGGAACCGAAAGUGAGCAAUACUCUCCGGACGCCAAAGUCCUCAACGGAGUCGAGUAUUACCACGAGAGUUCAAACGAGACUCAAGUUAGAACUGACGACGAUAGUUUCCCACCAACCGCCGUUGUGUGUAUUGAAAAUGAAGCUGCAGAUUAUAGUGACUCGGAAGCGGAACCAGAACCAGAAGCAAACGAUCUGCAUUUCCAAAACAAAACCGAGAUCCGAGAAUCUCAUUUUGAACAGCAUGAAACUGUUCACUCGGAACCUGAAGCGCCUAGACCUCUGUUCUCAACUGAACAAGUUAUGAUUUCGUACGAGAAAGAACCAUACGCUGCUGAAUACGGGACUGAAAUAGAGGAAGUUGAGAAUGUAGCUUCUGAAAUGAAGGUUCAAGAAAGCGUCCCAGAAAUGCUUCUGAAUCCAGAAAGCAGUUCGUUGGGUCCGAAAGAAAAUGAAAGUGGCCAGUCGGUUGAAUUAGAUUCCAAUGGACUGCCAAUGGGAGCGAUGAUUCCACUCACGAACUCAAAUGAGUCGUUUAACAGCGACAAUACAACAGACGAUCACCCGGCCUCUGAAAUUUUCCACGAAGAUACGGCUGUUCAACCUGCCCACUUCGAGGAUGAAAAUCACGAUAAUUUGCAAUCAGGUAUGCUACAUGAUUCAAAAGUAUCCAUUGAAAACGUACGAGAGAUCCAAAAUGCAAGUAUGAUGGAAACGUUGGAAAUCAUAACUACUGAUGUCGAGCCGAGUAAUGAACCAUACAUAAACGGAGAGGGUCAUAAUUAUGAGCCAACAUUACAAAUAGCUCCUCGGGUUUACCAACCAGUUUUCAUAGAAAAUGAUUCUGCGCGUUAUUCUGAAAGCGACGCUGCGAUGUAUGAAGACUUCAAUGCGAAUGAGUUGGAGAACCAACAUGACCGGCUGCCAAACGGAACUGCAAGUAAUACGUUGGAGGAACUGAGCGUUGACACAAAUGCACCAACUGUUGAUUUGGACUCGACAGAGGUUGAGUAUCAUUCCGGAUCAUCUAACUGCGCAGAGUUCAUGGUCAAUUCUUUGACCCCUGACUACUUGGAACACAACUCAGGUCACGCUCACGAGUUCAGUCCUGAUCUCCCCUCGCCCUCUUUUCCAGAACCGAUUGAGGAAAACGAGCCAGAGCCGGAACCAGAAGAAGCGGAUGAUCCUGAUCCGGUGUCUCAAGUUGAGAGUGAGCCGGAACCAGUGACCGAGGUGUACCAGCCGACAGUCGACGAAACAGAAAAAUCAAACGCAGAGGAAAACAGACAUUCAAUUCAAUCAAGCGGAGGGUCCUCGCUGAUUGAACCUCUGAACUACCAGGAUACUGCUGAAAAUGUAGCAGAAGCAGCAAUAAAAGAAGCGUCACUCAAGGUUUCGGAAGAUGAUCCGACCCGAACCUCUGUUCAUUUCAAUGUGGAAGAGGAGCCGAACACGGGAACCGAGUCACCAUCUACAGUACCUGAGAAGCUUAUGUAUGUUGACGAUGUAAACACAACUGAAUCUGACAAAACGAGCUAUGAUAAUGUUCCGAUGGACGAUUUGCUAGAUUAUGAUGAAAAUACGAGAUCGGAUCAGGUUGAAGAUUUGAGCGCUAGUCCACAUCACGAGUACCGCCCGGAAGCGGAAGAUGCAACUGAGUUGCCACCGCCUCCUUUGGUGCAUCUGGACUCCGUAGUCAGCAACGACUAUGACUAUGAUGGCAAUCAAAACGAGAACGUAGACAUAGCAGACUUUUUGCCGCCGGAACCUAUAAUGGAACAAACUGAACCUGAACCUCAAUUCCAAGAAGUUAUUUCGAAUAUCGCUCUUGAACCAGUUCAGCGCGAUUUACCGUCUAUUCCAAUGGAGCAACUGUAUAGUGUGCCGACACAGAGCACUGUGGAGUCGAGUAGUGAGGAUGAUGACGAUGAGGAAGGUUUGUCGGCGAUUGAGGAGGAACCCUCCUUGACCACUCAGGACGGAGAGGAGUCAACUCCGCCUCCUAUUCCAGACAGGUAUAUGAUGCCAGAUUUCCCGCCGCCCCCGAUUCCGCAACGUGCACCUGCGACCCAUGAAUUCGAAUCAGAUGCUCUCGAAUGUGACCCCACUUUUGCGGCUACCGAUAGCGAUUAUUUUGCGAAGUACCAAGACGAUCUUGUGCCCAAUUUGGAACCUCUAUCGCCGAUAACGGAGAAAACAAAUGACGACGAAACCGCAGACGAGGCAUCUCCGAGUGUGUUCAGCGACAACAACACUUCAAAACAGUUUGACGUCGCUACUUCCGAUUGUGGAUCGUACGAUGUUAAUGAGAGUGACGCCGGAAAUUACCCCAGUGACGUGAACCAGACGUUUAAUGAUACUUUUCCGGAAAUGGAAGACGAUGAUGCCCUUGAUCAGAAACACGAAGACAGUGAGCAACGAGACGAUCAUUCGAAUGAGAAUUUAGAGUAUCUUAGCCCACCGGAGAGGGAACCUAUUAACAGCGAUGAUAUUUAUAUAUCAUACGGGCCGGGAGUCAGCGGAACUUUGAUUUCAGAGCACGCUGAGAAUGACGAUUAUGAUCAUGACAUUGACGAUUUGAUCGGACCCGGUCAAGAAAGUCCAGAAGAAAGCCAGCCGCCCCCUAUCGACAGGUCACAAAAACCGACUGAGGGAUCGCCGAGUCACGAGAGUCCAGGAUCCCCGUUCCACACCCAAAACGAGGUUGCACAACAUUCCACUAAUGAAGAGCAGGAAAAUGGGGAUUCUUUUGACGAUGAAGAUGGUUUGAAUAUGGUCCAAGGAGCGUAUCCGGAUGAUGAGGAGAUGCGAGGGGAGUAUCGACAGGAGAAUGAAGAGUCAGCGGGAGAGCGGGGAGAGAGCAGUGAUGACGUUGAGGAACGCGACUGCUUCGGAGGAGUCGACUCUUGCGACAGACUGGAAGAGUUCGGAACCAAAGAGGUCUCAGAAGGUCAGGAAAGUGAAACGGGAAAACUAGGAAGUGAAACUCCUGUCGCGGAUCCCAUCCAAGGUCACCUUGUGGACUGCAAAGACGAAGAAACUCCGAUUUAAAACUUGAACUCCUCAGACCCAAAAACUUAAUAUUUUUUACCAAUCCGCUCCAUUGAAAGAUGCUUAGUUUACUAGUUCUAUGGCUGCAUUAAGAUGCUAUGAGAGAUAAUUGCAUGAACAAUUUCCGUGCAAUAGUGGUUGUCACAAGGAUAAAAGCAAUUUUGUAGUGAGUGGAUAAAUCGUAUUUUCUACCCAAAGCAUGAGAUGUUUGAACAAUUCGUGCAAUUCUAAUGAGAUUUUAAAUUUAGUGUCAGAGCCUGAAUUAGAUUUAAGGCUGUGUAAAAAUUUCUUAUUCUAUUCUAAUGCACACUCUAGUUUGUAAAUGUGAAUUUUUUAUUUCAAGUUAAUCUUGCAAUCGUUUUUGUUAUAACCUUGCUCGACUUGAUAUUUUUUGUUUCAUUUACCAUGUCUUGUGAAUGUACAUAUUUAUCUGUGGCUUCUACGUUCUAUCCCGUCAUGAAGUAGUUUUAUCUGCUCGAAAAAUUUCUUACCUUUGAUAAUUUAUUGCAAAUUGACUACAUAGUGCUGGCACAAUUAAAUGGCAUAUUUGCUACCUUGAAAUAUUUAACAAAGAUAUACCUCAAAUGAAAUGGAAAUGAUGCUGGUAUGGAAAAAUUCUGCUUAGCUUGUCGCUAUCAACAAAGUCAUUUCUUUCUAUAAAUUGG